AUGAUUUCAGCAGCAAUUGGUUUCAAUGAAAAUCAACAAAAAUCGAUUGUUGAUUUAUUGAAGAAUCAUCAAACAAAUCCCGAUAAAUCAAAACGAAAAGAAGAGAAUGAAAGGAUAAUUAAAGAGGCGAUAGAAUUAGGAAAAUUAUCAAAGAGUCAAGAGAGGUUUAAUAUUGCCAUGCUCAAUGCUUCUGAUGAUCAAAAUGACAUUGACAAUUUCCUUGCUCAUGAAGUCUCAGAUUCGAUUUUAACUGAAAAAGGAUUUUAUCCACAAGAUUUCUGCGACAUCAGGAAAUUCAUGAAUUCAUCAUUGAAUAUGAUCCCAAGUCAAAUGGUGCAAAUAGAUUCAUCAGGAAUGAAUCUCAAAGGGCAUUUAUUGAAGAAAAGAUCAUAG